GGGGACCAGCCCCCGGAAGUCAUGGCGGCCUCGGGCCGACGCUCUAGAACCCCGCAGAACCGGGAUCUCCGUGGUUGGACGUGACCGGUCACCGUCUACCAGGGAUGACGCAUUCCCAGCGCCGGGCUCCCGGGACCCAUCGGGAAAACGGGGGACGCAAUUCCUGGGGCGAUAAGGACUGAUAAGGGAAGAGGAGCCUAAAGGAAAGGGAUUGCGUGAUGCAGUCAUCAGGGUAACUUCCGGUCACCUCACCCCUCCGAGCUCCCGGGGCCAGCAGCAACUGGCCGGAGACCUGGCGGAUCGGAGGGGAUGCGCGCACGCGCGCACGCAGAAGGCGAUGCCGCCCACUCUAGCGGUGCCCGGGGCUGCUAGCGCGCAUGCGUCAGAGGACCGCGCGGGGCCGCAGCGCACCCGGCGUAGCGCCGAGCUCCAGUCGGGCGGCUCCCUCCCGCCGGCUGGACAGCGGCGCGCGCGCGGGCGGAGGCGUGGCUUCCUCGGCAGACGCCAUGGCCGAGCCUCUGAAGGAGGAAGACGGCGAGGACGGCUCCGGGGAGCCUCCGGGGCCGGUGAAGGCGGAGCCCACCGUCACCGCCUCCUCCGUGGCGGCCAAGAACCUGGCCUUGCUGAAGGCCCGCUCCUUCGACGUGACCUUCGACGUGGGGGACGAGUACGAGAUCAUCGAGACCAUAGGCAACGGGGCCUACGGGGUGGUGUCCUCCGCGCGCCGCCGCCUCACCGGCCAGCAGGUGGCCAUUAAGAAGAUCCCCAAUGCUUUUGACGUGGUGACCAAUGCCAAGCGGACCCUCAGGGAGCUGAAGAUCCUCAAACACUUCAAGCACGACAACAUCAUCGCCAUCAAGGACAUCCUGAGGCCCACCGUGCCCUAUGGCGAGUUCAAGUCUGUCUACGUGGUCCUGGACCUGAUGGAGAGCGACCUGCACCAGAUCAUCCACUCGUCACAGCCACUGACGCUGGAGCACGUGCGCUACUUUCUGUACCAGCUGCUGCGAGGCCUCAAGUACAUGCACUCGGCUCAGGUCAUCCACCGGGACCUCAAGCCCUCCAACCUGCUGGUGAACGAGAACUGUGAGCUCAAGAUCGGGGACUUCGGCAUGGCCCGCGGCCUGUGCGCCUCGCCUGCCGACCACCAGUACUUCAUGACCGAGUACGUGGCCACACGCUGGUACCGCGCCCCUGAGCUCAUGCUCUCUUUGCACGAGUACACGCAGGCCAUCGACCUGUGGUCUGUGGGCUGCAUCUUUGGUGAGAUGCUAGCCCGGCGCCAGCUCUUUCCAGGCAAAAACUAUGUGCACCAGUUGCAGCUGAUCAUGACGGUGCUGGGGACCCCGUCGCCAGCCGUGAUCCAGGCUGUCGGGGCUGAGAGGGUGCGGGCCUAUAUCCAGAGCCUGCCGCCACGCCAGCCCGUGCCUUGGGAGACAGUGUACCCGGGUGCUGACCGCCAGGCCCUCUCCCUGCUGGGGCGCAUGCUGCGUUUUGAGCCCAGUGCCCGCAUCUCUGCCGCUGCUGCCCUGCGCCACCCCUUCCUGGCCAAGUACCACGACCCUGAUGAUGAGCCUGACUGUGCGCCACCCUUUGACUUUGCCUUUGACCGUGAAGCCCUGACCCGGGAGCGUAUUAAGGAGGCCAUCGUGGCAGAGAUCGAGGACUUCCACGCGCGGCGUGAGGGCAUCCGCCAGCAGAUCCGCUUCCAGCCUUCCCUGCAGCCUGUGGCCAGUGAGCCUAGCUGCCCCGACGUUGAGAUGCCCAGUCCUUGGGCUCCCAGUGGGGACUGCGCCAUGGAGUCCCCACCGCCAGCCCCACCACCUCACCCUGGGCCUGCGCCUGAUACCUUUGAUCUGACCGUGCAGCCACCCCCGCCAGCCAGUGAACCAGCCCCUCCCAAGAGGGAGGGCGCCAUCUCAGACAACACCAAGGCGGCCCUCAAGGCUGCCCUGCUCAAGUCUUUGCGGAGCCGACUCCGAGACGGCCCCAGCGCCCCCCUGGAGGCCCCUGAGCCUCGGAAGCCAGUGACGGCCCAGGAGCGCCAGCGGGAGCGGGAGGAGAAGCGGCGGCGGCGGCAGGAGCGGGCCAAGGAGCGGGAGAAGCGGCGGCAGGAGCGGGAGCGCAAGGAGCGGGGGGCCGGGGCCUCCGGGGGCCCCUCCGCCGACCCUCUGGCGGGGCUGGUGCUCAGCGACAAUGACCGGAGCCUGCUGGAGCGCUGGACUCGCAUGGCCCGGCCCCCCGCCCCUGCGCCCACGCCGCCGCCGGCCCGGCCCCCGAGCCCUCCUGCCGGCCCCCCACCACAGCCUGCCUGCCCAGCCCCGGGGCCUGCACCUGCCCCACUCCAGACUACCGCUGCCGCCCCGGGCCUCCUGGCCCCCCAGUCACUGGUGCCGGCCCCCGGGCUACCGGGCCCCAGUGCCCUGAGUGUUCUGCCUUACUUCCCUUCUGGCCCACCCCCUCCAGACCCCGGGAGGCCCCCUCAGCCCUCCACCUCAGAGUCGCCCGACGACGUCAACCUGGUGACCCAGCAGCUGUCCAAGUCGCAGGUGGAGGACCCCUUGCCCCCUGUGUUCUCGGGCACACCGAAGGGCAGUGGGGCCGGCUACGGUGUUGGCUUUGACCUUGAGGAAUUCCUAAACCAGUCUUUCGACAUGGGCGUGGCUGACGGGCCCCAGGAUGGCCAGGCUGACUCGGCCCCGCUCUCGGCCUCCCUGCUUGCUGACUGGCUUGAGGGCCACGGCAUGAACCCUGCAGACAUCGAGUCCCUGCAGCGUGAGAUCCAGAUGGACUCCCCGAUGCUGCUGGCUGACCUGCCUGACCUCCAGGAGCCCUGAGGCCCACAGUCUGUGCCUUGCUGCCAGGGGCAGACCCAGCUCCAAGAUCGCAGGAACGCCCAAGGGCUGGCGCCCGGGGCCCUGCUGGGGAAGCUCAGGUCGGGUGGUUCUGCAGGGUCAUCUCAGACCCACCCUGCAGCCUUAAGCAGCCACCUGAGCCAGCAGUGAGCCCCGCGGGAUCGGACGAGCCCUGCCCCCGAGCGGUCCUCUUCAGUAUCGUAUUUUUAUUAAUAGUUGUAGUAUUGUUACUGUUAUUACACAAUGUUUUGCCAUGAAAA